AGGUUAAAUAUAAUAGAAAUAGCACUUAAAAAUCAGUUGAGUGGAUCCUGUUGAAAUGGAAGUGAACGUCAGCAAGCUGCGGCUAGGCGCCCAGCGGUUGCUGGAACUUACUGCGAACGAAUCUGAAGACAACGUGUUUUCGCAAAGUUUACAGAAGUUUGUCAAGAAGCAGAAAUACGUGCCUCAGGAUGUGGAGCGACUAUUCCGGUCGCUCAGUGAGCAACUGCCUUUGCCCGCUUACACGGUGCCGAUUGCCGCUAGUUUUGAGGAGCAGCUUCUCCUGCUGCUCUCCAUGGCGCUCCGAUGGGACUCCGCUAGCCAAAGAUUUCAUACGUAUCAGCUGGAGUGCGUGGCGCUGUCCAAGCUCAUGAAUUUCUCGCUCGAUGCGCAAAGAUUUGCCAAAAGCUACUUUCACGACAAGCCAGCUCCGUUUGAGAAACAACAGAGUAAUGGCAGUCUGCCUAGUAAAAAGUCUAAAAAUGGCAAUCACGCUGAUAAUCUAGAAGAUUUGGAGCUCAUCAAAUGCUGCUUUCAAUUGCUGAAAAGUGAUACGCCCUAUUUUCGCGAGCUGUGGGACUGGUCCAGCUUUAUAGCAACUUAUACACACAAUUCAUCCAGCCCGAAGACACGGCUUUAUUGCAACUACAUCGUGGCUAUGCUGACCAACAUGAGUGCCCUUCAGCUAAAUUCUUUGAACGAGAAAAUAUCGACUAAAACACGUCUGGAGUUCGAUCAGGAAAGGGAGCAGGCAUGGAACACAGCCAGAAACACCCUCUGCAGCUAUACACCAGAUGCUUCCGACCAACUACUGAACCUGCAUUUGCAGGGAAUCAAUCAAUCCGUGACAAAUAUCGAGGGUGUUUUACUGCCCACAUUUAAUAAGGAGAAUCUAGAGUUCUAUGCAAGCACCGAUGGAUGCUACGAUCGCAUUGUAAAGGUGGAUUCAACUGUGGUUAAUCUGCGGAGCAUUGCCCUAGGAGUAGCAGCUGCCAAGCCCAUCUGUCUUUCUGGACCCGUGGGUUGUGGCAAAACCACGCUUAUUGAGUACCUGGCCCGUAAAACUGGACGCAUUUGUCCCAAGCCAAAUGAGAUUGAAAGUAGGGAGAAGGCUUUAAAGAAAGCUGAAGAGGAGGAACAAUUAUUGACACCGAAAAAGAAGGCAAAGACAACAGGAAGCAAGCGCAAGCUGGAAGAGUUGCCUCUGGAAGAAUUACUGGACCUGGGCGAGACUACCAAAAAGAGUGGAUUUUUACGUAUUCAGCUAGGAGAUCAGACCGAUAGCAAGAUGCUACUAGGCCAAUAUCGCUGCACUGAUGUGCCUGGAGAGUUUGUUUGGUUGCCAGGUGUUUUGACACAGGCCGUGAUGCAUGGUUAUUGGUUGUUGCUGGAGGACUUGGAUGCUGCAACGCAAGACACCUACACCAUUCUUAGUAGCCUUUUAGAGCGUCAAUGCCUUAGUGUUCCCGGAUUUCGUGAUUCCGUGAAAAUAGAGCCCGGGUUUCAGUUGUUUGUCACAGUGCGUACAAACAAAUCAGCCAGCAACUCAAGCCAAAAAUCGCUUUAUUCACUUUUGGACAAAUAUCUAUACACCAUCAAUAUACUUCCUCUGUCCCGGAAUGAGCUAUGCAAAAUGGUCAGUAUCAACUAUCCCAAACUGUCGACAGUGGCCAAUAGGAUUGUGGAUGUAUUCCUCACCUUCUCCAGUGGAAACCACACAUCCGCUGAUAACUUGAGGCAGCAGGAAUCGGGCGACAAGGCAGACAACACAGAGCAAUAUGUGGCCCUUCCCUUCGAGCAAGUGCCUCUUACCUCGAGCCCCAAUUCUGGCAGAUUGGUGUCGACCCGUGAUUUGGUAAAGCUGUGCCACCGCUCCAACCCACAGUUUUCAGUGACUAGCUCGGAAUGUGCCUAUUUCGUUUUCCAAAACGCAGUAGACGUAUUUUGUUCAUAUCUACCGGAGAGCAAAGAAAAGGUUACCUUGAUCACGAGCAUAGGUGCCAAACUGGGGAUCAUACGUUCUCGUUGUGAACAUUUUGCAAACGAAUACAAGCCAGAUGUGGAAUUUGGACUGGAGCAUAUAAAAAUUGGAAGAGCGAGCCUUUUGGCCAAAUCGGAUUUAAAUAAUAGUGAGAAUGAAGAUAUUUCGGAGCAGGACCUGAAGCGCCAAAAGUUAUCACAACAAACAAGAAGAGCUAUUGGUAAAGUCAGCAACAAGAGAACCACCUUUUCGUUCACUAGGCUCGCCAGCUGCAUCUUGGAACGGAUUGCUGUGUGCGUCACCCAUUCUGAGCCAGUUCUUCUGGUGGGCGAAACCGGAGUGGGCAAGACAUCUUCAGUACAAUACCUUGCCGAGCGGACGGAACAUAAAUUGGUGGUGGUCAAUAUGAACAACCAAUCUGAUGUGUCGGAUUUGGUAGGCGGCUUUAAGCCCGUGGAACUCAACUACGUACUGGCACCACUGCGAAAUGAAUUCGAGUAUCUUGUGUGCGAUACCUUCAAUCAAGAGAAGAACUUGCAGUUUCUGCGCUUGUUCGCCACACACUACAACAGUGGUCGUCAUGCUGUGAUUAUUCGCACCAUGAUCAAUAUUUGCCUACAGGUGGCCAAGAACCCGGAACUGAAGGCGAAUAAGUUGCUUCCCCGCUGGCAAACGCUGAGAGAAAAGUUACAGAAGCUUCAAAUGCAACUGGAUAAGAGCAUCAACAUCUCCUUCGCAUUUAUACCCGGCUCUCUGGUGAACUGCAUCAGCAACGGAGACUGGGUUUUGUUGGAUGAAAUUAAUUUGGCCUCAGCAGAGACGUUAGAAUGUCUCUCAACCAUCCUAGAACCGGAGGGUUCAGUGGUUCUCUUGGAACGUGGUGAUUUCACUCCCGUAAAACGGCAUCCAGAUUUCCGCAUCUUUGCCUGUAUGAAUCCUAAUACGGACAUUGGCAAGAAGGAUUUGCCUGUGGGCAUACGUAAUCGCUUCACGGAAUUCUUUGUAGAUGAACUUACAACGGAAGCAGAUUUGAGUUUGUUGGUGAGCGAUUAUUUGGCAAACACAGGCAUCCAGAGGAAGUCGGUGCACAGCAUCGUUCAGCUAUACAAGUCUCUGCGGAAACUUUCCGAGCUGCAGCUAAACGAUGGUCUUGGGAAUCGGCCGGUGUAUUCCCUGCGCACACUGUGCCGUAGUUUGCGUAUCUGCGCCAGAAAUCUGUGCGGCUCCAUCGAGCGAAACUUGUACGAGAGUUUCUGUUUGAGUUUUCUCACCCAAUUGGAUCCGGACUCGCACCACGUGGUGUUGCUCCUAAUCCAGAAUGCGCUCCUUUCGAAUGUCAAAGCUAUAUUGAGUAAGCAGUUGCCACAAUUGGGAGAUAAUUAUCUGGACUUCGAGGGAUACUGGAUCCAGCCGGGCAAUCUGGAGCCGCAGCCGUGUACCCACUAUAUUCUUACGGAGAGUGUAAAGAAGAAUCUGAAGGAUCUGGCUCGAAUCAUCUCGAUUGGAAAACUACCUAUUCUGCUUCAGGGACCCACCAGUGCGGGUAAAACCAGUUUGAUUGACUACGUGGCUAGAAGGAGCGGAAAUCGCUGUCUGCGCAUUAACAACCACGAGCACACGGAUCUUCAGGAGUAUAUUGGAACCUACGCAGCGGAUUUGGAUGGAAAGCUGACAUUCAGGGAGGGAGUACUGGUGCAAGCCAUGCGCCAUGGCUUCUGGAUUAUACUGGACGAACUCAAUCUUGCGUCUACGGAUAUUUUGGAGGCCCUAAAUCGAGUGUUGGAUGACAACAGGGAGCUGUAUAUUGCAGAGACGCAGACUUUGGUAAAAGCUCAUCCCAACUUUAUGUUGUUUGCCACGCAGAAUCCUCCAGGUCUUUAUGGAGGAAGGAAAACGCUGUCUCGUGCCUUCAAAAAUCGUUUCAUAGAGCUUCACUUCGCUGACAUACCACGCGGAGAGUUGGAAACCAUUCUCGAAAAGCGCUGCUUUAUUCCACCGACAUAUGCCCGCAAGAUGGUGCAAUGCAUGACCCAAUUGCAGCAACAUCGCAAAAAUACCUCCAAGCAGGUCUUCACACUGCGCGAUCUUUUCCGGUGGGGCAAUCGAUACACCCAUGCGGAUAAGUCUCUGCAUGAUGACAACAGGUACGACUGGAACCAGCAUCUCGUUGAGGAAGGCUACCUGGUACUAUCCUCAAAAGUCCGUUCACAGGAGGAACACGAGCUGAUAGAGAAGACUCUUUUCGCCAACUUCCGCAAAAAGCUUGAUCUCCAGACGCUGUUUGAUAUUCAAACCGAGAGGGAAAACUCCUCUAUGGUAAGUAGAAAAAUUCUUGACGCCAUAAGAAACUUUAAGCUGCGCGACGACAUCGUUUGGACUCGCAAUAUGACGCGCAUGGCCGUGGUCACCGCCAAGGCCUUGGAGUUCGACGAGCCUGUUUUAUUGGUUGGCCCAACGGGCUGUGGCAAGACCACCGUGUGCCAACUUCUUGCUAGCAUCGCUGAUGUCCAGCUGCGCAUUCUCAACUGCCACAUGCAUACGGAAGGAGCAGAUUUUCUGGGGGGAUUGCGUCCUUGUCGAGGAAAGGAAUCAACACAACUCUUCGAGUGGGCCGAUGGCCCAUUGAUUUACGCUAUGCAAGAGGGCUCGUAUUUUAUGGCCGAUGAGAUAUCACUUGCUGAGGAUUCCGUUUUGGAGCGGCUGAACUGCAUACUAGAACCAGAACGUACCGUAUUGCUGGCUGAGAAGGGUGGCAUCUCCGAGUUGGAUGCAAGUCCCGACUUUGUGGUGCAGGCCAAGUCCGGCUUUCAGUUCCUUGCCACCAUGAAUCCCGGCGGGGACUUCGGUAAAAAGGAGUUAUCGCCUGCCUUAAGAAAUCGAUUCACUGAGGUCUGGUGCUUGCCCUCAGACAACAAGGAGGACCUCAUUGAGAUUGCCUACAACUGCAUGCGACGGCAAAAUGAGCACGAAAACCAAGCGAUCAACACCCAUAAAGUCGCUGAGUACCUGGUGGAUGUCGUGCUCCACAUCCGCGAUACCAACGACAAGUUCAAGUUUUCAGUUCGUGACAUCUUGGCCUGGGCUAAUUACAUGGUUAGCAAUGCAAAGCUUAGUUUUGCGGAGCAGGCAAUAUUCGGCUUGGAAACAAUUUUCCUAGAUGCCUUGGAAAUGCUUCCUCAUGAAUCCCAGGAACAGGUGGAGCUGCUAAAAUCCAAUAUAGUUAAACAGGCCAUCAAACAAGCGAGUCUUAUCCUGCAAGAAAAGUUUACCCUGGAGGAACUCAGCGAGAAGCGAGGAACCGAAGUCGAGCUGAAUGAAUGUCGGUUUGGCAUUCGACCAUUUUUCAUAGACGUUAAUCAGGAGCGCUUGACGUCGGCCAAAGAGGAUUUCUUAUUCGAUGCGCCCACAACCAAGCAGAACUUAUUCCGUCUGUUAUCCGCGCUUUCCCUUCAAAAGCCAGUGCUCUUGGAAGGCCCACCUGGUGUGGGUAAAACAUCCAUUGUGGAGAGCAUAGGAUCUGCCAUUGGGUACCAAAUCGUGCGCAUUAAUCUGUGCGAGCACACGGACUUGGCUGAUUUGUUUGGAACCGACCUACCUGCUGAGGAUAACUUGCUAGAAUCAAAUACAGCCGCUACGGAGCGUCAAAUAGGCAGCUUUGUGUGGCGCGAUGGACCGCUUUUGGCUGCCCUUAAGGCAAAGAACACAUGGAUUUUGCUGGACGAACUGAAUUUAGCUCCUCAAUCUGUGCUGGAGGGUCUUAAUGCGGUACUGGAUCAUCGCGGAGAAGUGUACAUUCCGGAGCUAAACAAGAGUUUCCAUUUAGCUGGCUCGACUCGCAUUUUUGCGUGCCAGAAUCCUUUAAAGCAAGGCGGCGGCCGUAAGGGAUUGCCCCAAUCCUUCCUUAAUCGUUUUACCAAAGUUUAUCUGCGCAAGCUCUCCACUGAGGAUCUGCUACAUGUGGUAACUGAGAAGUACGGAAAGUACUUUAAUCAGUUGAAUGCAUAUUUUUCGGAACUGUUAGAUCAGAAAGCUGAAGGCAAUCUUUUUGAGAUUUACUCAGGAAUGGAAGGUUCAUGCAAAUCGGAUUCAUUUGAUUUGGGUGCUCGUUUGGUGCGCUUCUCCGAACAACUCGAUCGGGGGGUGGCGUCCAUGGAGUUUGGCUACAAGGGCGGUCCAUACGAGUUCAAUCUUCGUGAUAUUCUCCGCUGGUGUGAUCUGCUCCACAACCCUCAAACUGGAUACAUUUUGGGGGCUUCACCGUCAUCAUUCCAAGCCGCUUUCAAGGAUUUUCUGCUCACCCUCUACGAAAGGAUGCAGUUGGUCUAUUACCAAAGGAUGCGCUGCGAUCAAGAUAAAUCGUACAUUCGAAAUGUCUUUUCAACCGUUUUCGUAUGCGAUGCUGAACACCUAAAUCAGAUUUCAAACGAUGUCGCUCUUUAUUGGACAGCAGAUAAAGUAUAUCUUAACGAUGUGGUCUUGAGCCGCAAGCAAGCGGAUGUUCUGGACUUGGUAAAUCGACAGGAGCAGGCACCAUUGCUGCUGGACAGUCAGAGGCAGCAGCUUAAGCAAAUCGUCGAAGCUGUUCAUAUGGAGAAGCCUCUACUGCUCUGCGGAUCAACGGACAGUGGCAAGACCAAGUUGAUAGACGCGCUCUGCGUGCUGUCCAAUCGCCUAUGUAAUACGGAUAUCAUUGACGACUCCGUAACUGGUAGUUUCCAGCAGAUCGACUUAAAUAGACAUCUAGAAAUAAUUUACAAGAAAGUGGAGACGCUAGUUUUUUCUUGUGUUCAACGGGCAUUUGUCCUGCACACACAGCCGGAGUUUGUGGAACAGUUGUGGAACAAAUGGAGCAUGUACAACAAGCUUGCCAAAGUAACAACAGAGCCCCAUCAACACAGUGUGUUAGACGAGCUAAAACUGUUCAGCGAGCGUCUGGGAUCUCUAGGUAAGAUUAUAGAGGUUUUGGAGGCCACGCCACAGAACUGCCAAGUAAGAGCACUUCAGCAGUUGGCAGAAGUCAAGUCUCAGCUUUUGAUGCUUCAAGCGUACAUAAAAACGGCAGAUUCCCUCAACACGGGAGGAUCAUUCGAAUGGGUGGACUCUCAGAUUGUUACCUCACUGAAAUGCGGCCAAUACAUCUUGCUGGAGCAUGUUAAUCUCUGCUCCUCGGCCGUUCUGGAUCGACUAAAUCCUGUAUUCGAGCCAAAUGGAAGCUUACUAAUCGCUGAGAAAGGAAUAAGUGCACAGGACAGUGCCGAGGUGGUUUACAAAUCAACCAAUUUCCGUGCUUUCCUUACCGUGGAUCCAAAGAAUGGCGAGCUAUCGCGAGCCAUGCGAAACCGAUGUGUGGAGCUAUCUCUAUCUAGGGACACCUAUUCUGUAGAUGAUUUGCGUGCCUUUGUUCAUGAGCAGGGUGUGCGUGAAAUGGAGGCCAUAGAUUGUAUACUAGGAGUGCAUACGGGAUUAAGUCAGCUGACUGAGUUCAAUAACUACUCCAUAUCGCACCUGACACAGUUUGCCUUUUUAAGCGCUGCCUAUAGGAGAAUUGGCUAUGAGCUUAAACGUGCUAUUUAUGUGGCUGCCAUGGAGGUUUAUGUAUACUCAGCCAACACGGACCUAAUGGGAUAUGGAUUGUCUUAUUACCAGAAUAAACUGCGUGAGGUGGUGCUGGCCCAAACGGAAGUAUUUGAGGAAGGUGCUGCUAUCCAGGAGGAUUUCCUUAGCGAUGUAAUAAUUAAUUCUGGAAACCUCAAUUCGUUGACAUUAAUUAAACGUCAGGCUGUGGCGUUAAAGGUGUUGCUUGAUGGAUAUUCAGAACAAAGAAUUUUACAAAAGCGGUUGUCUUCUCUCUUCCAAGAGAUGGAGAAACUUAAAUUGGACCAGCGAAAUCCCCAGAAGCUCAUUCGUCAUUUCCUUUAUAUGCUCUACGAGUCGUCGGCCUUCGGAGACUUGGAAUUAAGACAUCUCUACAUUCAAUCUUGGUUAUCGAAAGACAAUGCUUUCCAAGAACUUUCGCAGAAUCUUUACAAUUGCUUGAAUAUAAGGAGUAACUCCGAUACAGGAACUUCGGUGAAUCUACCUUGGAAUCGAAAACUCAUUCCGAGACUUCGUGAUUACUCAACAGCUGAAUCGAAUUCUGAACUAAAUCCUUUAAAUCUGAGUGCCUUGCUUUUGGCGCGCCUUGUGGUCGAUAUCAUACCCGUCAGUUCAGUUACUGCAGUGCAGCAAAUGAAUGCACUGCAGUAUUCACAGGCCCUCUGUAAGCAACAAGUGACUGAAAAAUACGCCAAUCAUUUUCUAGCCAAUUUCUCGAGCUUCCUCGAAGUUCUUCAUACUAGUUUGCUGGAGGAUCUAGAGACGGCUGAUUUGGGUCUUCCUCAGUAUGCACACUUAGUUACACGCUUCCAUUGGUUCAAUCGAAUUUUGGCCACUGCACAGCAAAAGCUUUUGUACAACAAUGAGCUACAUGUGCCGCUGAUGCAUAAAAUGGUUCUCCAUUUCCAGUGGCUUGAAAAGCACCUCCUUGUUCCUUUAAUUGAAUUGACAGCCAAAAGCAGCUGUGCACGGAUGCUUGCCAUUCAAGACCGUACUCUAAAAAUCAAAAAAUACAUCGAGGAGACGAGACGACCUCUAAACGUAACUUGCAAGAUUUAUUCCAAGCAGUUCACCCAGUUCCAGCCGUAUUACCAGGAUCAACAGAUCAAACGCCAUACAGAAUUAGAUGAAUUGGAAAAAUUAUUGUCAGUGGUGCCCAGCUAUGGCAACUUGGAAUUGUCCUCUUGGCUCAAAAGAUGGCUUCUUCUUCAAACAGAUGACGCGAACAAGUGGCGAUCUUUUCUGCGUAAGCACACAAAUGGUUUUCAACCCAAGUCUUUUGAAAUAAGUGGUUCCCUGCGGAAUGAGACACUACAGUCGCACCUGCUAAAACUGCAAACAACGUUAAAGGAAGCUCAAGAAAUCAGUGCAGAGAAUCAAAUGGACUUGGAAUUAGACUUAAACAGCAUCAAGACACUUUUUGAAGCGGAAACUGAAGAAAGUGAAUCUUAUAUACAUCCAGAUGGGAUACCAACUAAUACGCCGAAACUAUUAAUUGCUGCAUUGAGAGAACUAUUCAUGGAACGCCUCUUGACUGGAACUCUUCGCGACGACUUCGAUGAGCAGGUGAACCCCCUGUAUGCAGAUCAGUUGCUUACCUUAAACAGCAAUAUUUGGCAUUGCCUGAAGACGCUUGAGAGUGCUAACCAUACCGAAAUCACUAAUGCUUGGAUUGCACUCAAGAAGGAAGUAAAUGAGCUGCAGGAUCAGGGGGAGUUCGCAGUGCUGCUGGAAAAGAUUGGUGGUGGCUACAAAGGACUGCGUUCUUAUCAAAGGCAGUAUCGAAAUUCCGUUCAAUGCUACCAAUUGGAAAAUCUGUCCACCCGUCUGGAUUGUGUUCAAGGUCCUUCAGAAGACGGUAGCACGGAUAUAUCAAGUCGAUUUUGUUAUCAAGGCCCUGCUUUAUCAGGAGUCAUUUUAUCGCUGAUAUGUCAACCCAACGGCCAGCUGCGAUCGGUUCCCCUAAGCGAGCUGCUAGAAUGGCGAUCCGCUUUGCAGCAAACACGACACCUGAUCUGGGAGAAUUCUCAGCUAUUGACUUCCAGAUAUAGUGUAGAAGUCAAUAAUCUCUUGCAGGUCAAGGAAAAUGCAAGGCAACUACUAAAAGAGCUGGAAUAUGUGAGGAAUUUAAGUGAGCAGGAACAGAAAGCUAACCACGGCUUUGAAAGCUGUGCCAAAGAACUCGAGAAAAUUAUUGAAAAAUUGGAGAAAGAAGAAAACAAUAAUGCCUCUAUAACAAGAGAUUUUGAAGUUUCGCUAUCGAAUGCCCUGGUGGGAGCCAUUGAGUUGUGCUUGCUCACGAACACCCCGUUGAUCGAUCCAGUGGAAAAGAAUCGCCUUAAAAACGAAUACGUAGCGGAGGAUAUCGAUUGCCUUAGCACUUUGACAACCGCCUAUGAUUUCAUGAAAAUCGCGAUGAAAUAUCGUCACUUUGGCGAGGAAAUUUACAGUGAACUGGAGCUAAGAUUGAGGACGGCUCUCCAGCGGCAACAACAGCUUUCGCAAAAGUUGGCUUUGCGUCCGAAAAAGUGCCUAUAUGCGUCUCUGGUCCAGGAUAUUACUCAAUUCCUGCACUCGAAUGGCGAUUGUGUGUCACUUUAUAAGCUGUUCCAGCUUAUUCACUCGGAAUGGGAAAACUUCCAAGGACUUCAUGUCGCCACAAGUGCCCAACUGAAGAGCAGCAUUGAGGUGCUGGGAAAACUGGACCUGUGGCUAGCAAAUGCUCAGAGAUUCGUUCAUCACACUCUUUCCAGGUACUCAGCAUACUACCAAGACUUUGUGGAGCCCAUCAAGUGCUCUGUGAACCAGUUGCGUUUUGGAUUGGAGUCCCUUAAAGUGAUCUUUACCAGAGUGCAGCAGGCUGGCAGCGUUUCGCAGGCAGAGCAGAUGCAGCAAACAAUAGGUGAUAUUGUUCAAUUCCCAUCCCAGCAUCCGCUGGUAAUUAGGAAUAUCAGGCUUUACGGCUUAUUGGCCGAGCUUCCUCAUAGUGAAUAUGAGUACUUCCGUUUGCUGAAAGCCAAGUUGAGCGAGCUGAGCAAUUACAUCGCGCUGGGAAGAGUGAUAGACGAAACUACAUUUGCGGCAUACGAUGAUGCGUUAAGCAUUUGCAACCAGACCUGGCAGCAGGAGGAGCACCGUCGCUGUCAACUGAAAGCGGAAGCAGAAAGUUUGUAUGUGACCAAGACCAAGGGAGGAGUGGAUAGUGAAGAGCUUAUUGAGAUGCAAGAAAUCGAGCACAACUUCCCUACGAACCUGGACGAGGACUUUGCCGAGUUCGUGUCUCAACCAACUUUGGAGCAAGUCCUGAAACUAGACAAAAAGGCCAGUGCGAAGGACAAACAAUCUCAGAUUGUAGUUGAUGAGGAUUAUGCGUUCCUAGCACGUAAUUUUAUAGACGUGAUGACUCGCCAUACUCAGGUUUACUAUAAAGAGCAACCCAAGUCAUCGAAGGAGUUAGAACUCCAUUUGCUCGCGCCUUAUCAAGCACGCUUCCAGGUGUUUGCAAAUCUACAUGGUCACUACAAGACAGCCCUAGGAUCGAGUCUAGCCGAAAGGGCCUGCAAUGGAUUGGUUUUUGGACUGGCUCUGCAGCAGAAACAGCUGAGGGAUAUCGAACUAGAGGAAGUAGUAUCCAGUUCCCCUUACGACUUUUACAAAGAUUCAAAUAUUAGUGAAAUUCAAAGUUGCCUGGAUGUCAUGGAGCGGAUAGAGAAGCGUGUGCUGGAACAACUGGAACAGUAUCCUGAGCACGCAGGUCUUGCGGACAUUAAGCUGGUCAUCUCUCGCAUCCGUCGACUGCCGGCUCAUGCGCCUGUGGUUCGUUUCAAUACGGGGUUCCAGCUGCUAAGACAGAAGUUGGCACUCUGGAAUGAAGUGGCCCACAGGAACAACAAUCUGGUGUCGGAGGAAAUCGAGGUGGCCGAGUUUGUCCAACGCUGGACAAGAUUGGAGCUGCAGCACUGGCGCAAUUGCCUAGGACAAACGGCCGCUCAAGUGGAGUUACAAGCCUAUCGGUACUGGUUCUUCAUCUACAACCUGCUGCAACAAUUCAUACACCAGAAGCAACUAGAUCAUUCGUAUACCGACAUUAAACUUGCCGAGCAACGCUUUGCACAGGAUCAUUUGUUGGAUGCCCAGGAUUUGGGAGAGUCCCAGCGUUUGGAACUUGCACAGGUGGUGCGCAUCUUAAGACAGUUUGUGGAGGCCUCCUGCUACGGUGAUUUCCAUAUUCGGCUGCAGCUUCUUCAAGGAUUUGAAUUGUACUUGCACAAUGUCGAGAGAACCGGAAAAAUUAAUGGACUGCCUCCCCUAAUUGCAGCAUUACAUAAUCUCCAGCUUUAUUUCUCCCAGUUUGCUGGCGAGAUAGCAGACUCUGCGAAAUUACGUCGUUCGCCCAUCGAAAAGAAGCUAAAGGAGUUUGUGAAGAUACAGAGCUAUAGCAAGGACUUAAGCUACUUUAGCAUGCGCAACAGUGUGGCCAGUGUACACCGCAACCUGAACAAGUUCCUAAAGGAAUACCGACUCUCGAUUCAGGAGAAGAUUUAUGAGGUAUUUCAACCAAAGGAUUCCACUGCCAAAGACUACACCUUUGGCACCGACAAGGGCAAGGGGUUGAGAAAUUACAAUAAAAUAAAGUAUCUGCACACCGAGCGACAACAAUUCGUGGCCAGUGAGAAGCUACUGGAGAAGUUUGCCAUCCAGGAGGAGUUCCUGUCGGAUAACACACUGCUCCAACGCUUGGACAAGCACUUCCGAACUGCACGACAUAUAGUCAAGGAAACGUUGGGACAGGUUCCCUACGGCGAGCUGAUCACGGAGCUGGAUGACUUGCUGGCCAGUCAGUUAGAGCGAUGUGAGCAUUUACGUUCCCUGAACGUUGAUCGUUCGAAGGAGAGAACUCAACAGAAGCAGGAGGCCAAGCAGAUCCUUCAGCAAAAACGCAAGGCUCUCACGGAUCUCUUCAAGAUGCUCCAUCGACUGGGUGCCAACUAUAAGACUGGCCUUCUGGAGCUUUCUUUGCGCAACGAGUUUGAGGACUUCCAACUUCCCCCCUAUUCCAUUCGAUCCAUGUUGCCGCGACUCCACCCCACUGCCCAGCAGCUGGAUGAGCACCUGGACUUGUACUAUAUGAAGAGUGUGUUCAAGUUAAAGCUCCUGCAAAACAUUAUGCUGACUCCGUUGUCGGAACUCGGCCCACCCAAUAUCGAACGCAUCAAGGGCUUUGCUGUGGACUUAUUCCUAUUGGUGCAACAGCAGCGGGAGCAGCUGUCUGGAUCCACCAAAGAGCUUCAUGAGCUGAGGAAUUCACUAGACAGCUUGCGUAAGUUGGCAGAAAUUAUUCCACAGGCCCAUAUAAAUCAGUCGACUCUCAAUUUCGUAAAGAGUGCAGAUAUAGCUAUGGAAAUAAAGCAACAUCUUCGCCAGAUUCACUACGUCCUGAAGCAGUGGAAACUGCUGUUAAGUUGUGCUCCAAGCUCAUUCAAUGAAGAAUCCGAAAACCGCUUGCUGGUACGGAAAAUUACCUUAGCCCAAAGUGAACUCCAGAGUCUAUGUACACAGAUCCUAAGCAGCAGCCAAGAAUUGCUAAAUGAGCUGAACAACGCAAAUCUGGAGUAUCUAUCUAGCGAAAAGUGUGAGACUUACCAGAAGAGCUACGCGGAAAUCCUAGAUAAUAUAAAGAAGACCUUAGAACUACUCAGAACAGGACAAAACGAUUAUUUGCCAUUAGCGCAACCAAUUGUUGAGCUUUUGGAUAGCGUGCGAUUGAAGAACCACACUGAAAUAGCUCCAGAGGCCAUCGAUUUGGCCAACGCGGACACAGAGUUGGCCAACAUAGCCCACAGUGUGCUAAUGUCCAUGCAAAAGAUUUAUAAGCAUCACGUUAAGACUGAUGAAGUUAAUCAAAAUGGAGACGCAAAAGAACAGGAUGAAGAGUCCAAGGAGGCGCUGCAGGAACAGCAUCUCAAGAAGUGCCUCACUGGGGAACUGACCUUGGAUUGGCAACAGCUAAGCCUGCCACGUGUGCUCGGCAAGCUGUCCAACGUACUCCUGGUACUAAAGCACUCCCAUUUCGAAGGCCAGGAUAAGCUACUGUGCGUAAGACGAGCGAUAGGUCUUUUGCCUGUUUUGGAGCAGUACCAAUUACUCGCGGAUUAUUUGCUUCUCCAACAACUCGCCACCCAUAAGGUUUCCGCCAAGAUGCUAUCCAUAGUGCUGACCGUUUUCGUGGAGAUCGGUAGUAAGGGCUUCUGUGUGCCACCGGAUCUCAUGCAAGAUGAGGAGGGACAGUCGAAGCAGGAAUCCAAGAACGGUGAGGGCUUCGGCCUAGAGGAUGGAACCGGUGAGAACGACGCCUCCGACAAGAUUGAAUCCGAGGAUCAACUUGAUGACGCAAAGCGCCCAGAGGAUCGGAAAGACGAGGGUGAUAAACAGGAGCCAGACUGCAAGGAAGAGAAAGGCAUUGAGAUGAGUGACGAUUUUGAUGCCAAGAUGCAGGAUGUGGAGAAACCCGAGGAGGAUGACAGCGGUGAGUCCGAAGAAGAGGAGGAUCUAAACAAGGAGAUGGGCGAAACGGAGGAAGGUGCCGAAAAGUUGGACGACCAAAUUUGGGGCGAUGACGAGGAAGAAAAGCCGGAGGAGGAACAAGAACCUGAUAUGAACGAGGAGGAUCAGGGCAAGGGCAGCAAGGAUGAAAAAGAUGCGCACAACGAUUUGGAUACAAAGAACGAUGCGGCAAAAGAAGAUGGCAAAGAUGAGCACGAAAAGGACGGCUUAGAUGCCACCAAUGAACCCAGCGGAGAGGACAAACGCAAGGAGCAGGCCAAGGACAUUGACGAUAUGAAGGAUCCCGAAAUGGAUGAGGAGCAAACGAAUACAAUGCACAAUGAGCUGGAGGAGCCGCCAGAACCAGAGGAAAUGGAUUUGGGGGAUAUGAAUAAUGUCGACGAGGGACACGAUGACCAGCAGGAACAGCCCACAGACGAAAAUCCCUUUGACAUUGAUGCCAUGAAAGAAAACAUGCAACCUGCUGAGGAACCCGAAGCAGACAGAGAUAACGAGCCUGAUGCAAACGAGGAAGGCGAUCCGCAAAGCGACGGCAGCGACUCUGAAGAGGAUGAGACGGGUACGGAAGCAAAACCAGCUGAAGAAGAUCAGGGCGAUGGCGAAGAGGCAACACCAGAAGAUGAAAAAGACGAGGCCGAAACACAAAAACGCGGUGAGCUAGAGGACGAAGAUGAUUCAAAGCCCGAAGAUAGUCCUGAGGAUGCCAAGGAGGAGAAGGAGGAGAAGCGCGAGGAGAAACCAGAGGAGCACUCACAGUCUAAAGACAAAGCCAGCAAGGAGGAAAAUGUUCAGUCCAUGCCGGAGACUGAUCAGAGCAGUUCGGCCGAUCAGGUGCAGCAGCCACAGGACCCGGACAUUAAGCAAGAUCAGAAGCUUGAUGAACAAGAGACUGGUGAAGAAAAGGAUGGAAUCGGCCAGGCCGAGAACGACGCCGACGAUGGCGGCCAUCAGGGCGUUGCGGAAACCCAGGAAACUGUGUCACAGGAGGAUCGUAAAAACGAAAGGCAAACUCAGGAGAAGCGCAAGCAGGGAAGAACCAAUGAGGAGCGAUCCCUAGGUGAGGCGGAGCAGAACAAAUUGAAACAGCUAAAGACAAUUGAUCAACUGAAGGACUCAAAGGAGUCCGACGAUGCCGACCAGGAGAAACCGGAACCCAUGGACCAGACGGAGGCUGAGGAGUACCAGCAUGUAAAAGAGCCGAAAAACAGCGACAAAACCACUCUGGACAAUGCUACUGAAGAACAAUCAAAGAAGAUCCAGCAUCAGGAGGAUGAGCCACCAAACGAAGAGGAAAUAGAGACGGAAAAUGUUGACGAGUUAAUGGAAUCCGAAGAGCCAGCCGUUGAUCCCGAAGAUGAUGCUCAACUCGAGCAACUGGGUGCCGAGAAGACGGAGCAAAAGUCCGACAAACCCUCUAAAACAGAAAAGUCUAAGGAGCAGUUGGAGACCCCUGAAGGCAUGGAGAUAGAAGGGGAGGUGGUGCCGACUAUGACGGUUCCUCGUAGCUCGGAAACUACGGCGCAUAGCAAUUCCGAAAUCCUCCUGGAUGAGAGCUCGCACGCGGAGGAUCUGAGCUCAGCCGAACAGAUUGAGCUUAGGCAACAGUAUCAAAAGCAGUUGACCACAUUCAGAGGAGCGCAGCCGGAGCACGAGGAUUACGAAACAUGGCAGGGCAUCUCUAAUAGAAUGACCCAGAAUGCCCGCGAGCUUUGCGAACAGUUGCGUCUUAUCUUGGAGCCCACGAAGUGCACACGGUUAAAGGGCGACUACCGCACUGGAAGACGUAUUAAUAUGAAAAAAAUUAUACCAUACAUUGCCUCGCAGUUCCGCAAGGACAAGAUCUGGUUGCGACGAACCAAGCCUGCGCAGCGUGACUAUAAGAUCACCAUUGCCAUUGAUGACUCCAAGUCGAUGCACCACAAUAACUCCAAGACGCUGACUCUGGAGGCAAUCUCGCUUGUGUCGCAGGCGCUAACCCUUCUAGAGAGUGGUCGCCUUAGCAUUGUAUCCUUUGGAGAGGCGCCGCAGAUCAUACUAAAUCACACGGAGCAGUUUGAUGGCCCCCGCUUGGUAAAUGCUCUGAACUUCGCCCAGGACAAGACAAAGAUCGCCGGGCUGCUAAAUUUUAUACGCACGGCAAAUGCAGAAGAAAGCGGCAUGGGGGGCGACAAUGGUCUGUUUGAAAACCUUUUGCUGAUUCUCAGCGAUGGACGUAAUAUAUUCAGCGAGGGUGCACAGAACGUAAAGAACGCCAUUAAGUUGGCGCGGCUGCAGCGCAUCUUCCUGGUAUACAUCAUUAUCGAUAAUCCAGACAAUAAGAACUCAAUUCUGGACAUACAACAUGUGGCGGUGAACGCAGAUGGAUCUGUGAACAUUAAUUCCUACCUGGACAGCUUUCCUUUUCCCUACUAUGUGAUAGUCCGGGACCUUAACCAGCUGCCGCUGGUGCUCAGCGAAGCCAUGAGACAAUGGUUCGAGUUGGUUAACAGCGAGUAAUCUGAAUUGACUCUUGAAGAUAAAAAGAAGUUACUUUUACUUUUUAAUAUUAAUAUAGGCUUGAAUAUUUAGCCCACUUAGUUGUAUUGCACACGUAAAUAUUAAUUUGUACAAACUGAAAAUGUGACCGAGUGUUCACUGAUGCCCUUAUAAUUUACUUGAAAUUGUUACUUUUCUUAUUUUUUACAAUUAAACUUUUGUAAACAGUAUAAAGUUAGAUUAUAUAAACAUUAGACGAUUUAA